GCCCCAAGCCCCCUGCAGCCCGCGCCAUCCCGGGGGCGCACGGCGGAGCGCGGCGGCCGCAGCCUGGAGCCCGCGGGGCUGGGGACCCCCCCGGUGCGCCCCGUCCCGUCCCCCGGUGCGGGGAUGCUGCGGCAGCGCUGCGGGCGGCUGCUGGCCCAGCUGGAGCGGGCGCUGCAGCUGCUGGAGCUGGGCGGCAGCCUGGAGGAAGACUACAUCCGCAUCGCACGGUGCUUCGAGGCGACGCGCCAGAAAUGCUGCCGGCUGGAGCAGGACGGGCGGCGAGCCCGCGAGCAGCUGGCCCGCGCCGAGGCCGAGCGGGCGGCGCUGGAGGUGAAGCUCAAGCACGCCCGCAACCAGGUGGAGGUGGAGAUGAAGAAGCGGCACCGAGCGGAGGCUGAGCUGGAGAAGCAGGAGCGCAGACUGCAGCUGGUCUUCGAGUGGCUGAAGCGGGAGCCGUGGGGAAACGGGGAGCAGCGCUCUGUCCUCAGCGCCCUGGCCGGCCGGCGCCUCGGGGCGGCCCUGGCAGCGGGCAGGAGGUCAUCCGCGGUGGACGACUCGUGCCAGUCUCUCCUGUCCCAGUCGGACAUCAGCUACGACCGCACCGAGGACGACGUGGACGUCGACAUGACGGUGGUGCGGGCCCUGAAGCGCAAAGCCCAGGAGAGGCAGCGUGUGUCCCUGGCCCCGCAGAUCGGCCCCGUGGUGGUGGCAAAGCGACACCGCUCCUCUGUGGCACCCCCGAGCACUCAGGUGACCGUCCCCCCUGUGCCCCCUCCUGCUGAGGUCCCGGAGCCUGCUGGCAGCCUCCCGCCCGCCGUGCUGGUGCCACCCCGCCGCUCUCGCCAGGGACACCGCGUCUCCACGCGUGCAGAGCUGACCACAGUGUGGGGUGCCAGUGAGGAUUCGGGUGGCCGUACCCCGGGGCAGGACGGCCACACCAGGGACAGCUCUGCAGGGCAGCCAGCGCCAGCCCCCUUCGCCUCCCCUCCACCGAGCCUCCCGCAGCCCCAGCACCAGUUCACCUCCAAAACGGUCAUCCGCCCCGAGCCGUGCGGUGCCUGCGGCUCCCGCCUCCGUUUCGGGAAGGCCGCCCUCAAGUGCCGCCAGUGCCAGCUGCUGCUGCACGCCAAGUGCCGCCCGCGCUGCCCCGGGCCCUGCGCGCCCCGGCCUCGCCAGCACGCCUGGCCCCGCGAGGGUGUCCUGGCCGACUUCGCGCCCCCGACGCCUCCGCUGGUGCCCGCGCUGGUGGUGCACUGUGUGACCGAGGUGGAGACACGGGGCUUGGCCGAGGCAGGGCUGUACCGGGUGCCGGGCGCCGAGCCGCUGGUGCGGGAGUGGAAGCAGAGGCUGCUGCGUGCCGGCAGCGCGCUGCCUGCCCUGGGCGCCGUGGCCGACAUCCACGUGGUGUGCGGGGUGCUCAAGGACUUCCUGCGGGGCCUCAAGGAGCCGCUGGUCACCUUCAGCCUGCACCCGGCCUUCCUGCGGGCCGCCGACAUCCCCGAUGAGACCGCCUGCAGCACGGCCCUGCAGCAUGUGGUGGGCAAGCUGCCCCCGGCCAACAGGGACACGCUGGCCUUCCUCAUGCUGCACCUGCUCAGGGUGUCGCGCAGCCCCGACUGCAAGAUGGAUGUCCUCAACCUGUCCCGCGUCUUCGGCCCCACGCUGGUGGGGCACAGCUCGGCCAACCCCACGCCGCUCACCAUCAUGGAGGACACGCCGCGGCAGAGCAAGGUGGUGGCUCAGCUCCUCGCCCUGCCGCCCGACUUCUGGAGAGGCUUCGUGGGGACGGAGCAGGAGAACCUGGUGCCGACGCCUGCCAGCGCCCCGGACCCAGGGGGUGAACGCGAGCCCCUCUGCCGCCCCGUCGCCUCCCCGGAGCCCCACGCGGGGCAGCUGAGCCCCCCCGGGACCUGCUGCCUCCCCAGCGCCCUGCGGAGCUGCGUGGGCACGGCCGCACGGCCCCCGAAGGUGGGAAGGUUCUUCCCCUCCCCGGUGUAGCUGUGCUCCCCGGGGACGGAGCUGGCAGCGAGGAGGAGGACGAGGAGGAGGAGGGAAGCCUGUGGCAGCGAGCAGCGUGGGACGGCGGUGCUGAGCUCGGGGCUCACGGGCUGGUCUGUGUUAAAUGUUUGUAUUAAAUGCUUGUGUUAAAUGUUUGCAGCAAAACCA